AUGCAUAGUGGGGCGGUGGCGGUUCCCUUGGCUGCUGUACCGUCGCAGUUGGUCUCGCUGCCCCUUCCCCCGCCACCUCCGCCGGAACCGCCGAAGGCGUCGUCGGCGUCGUCCUCAGUUCCUCUAGCAGCUGCGCCGCGGGUCUCAUUGGUGGGCCCGCCGCAUCCAGAAGUGCCGACGCCUCCACUGGUCCCACUACCACGCGUAGCACGCCAGGAGGCGGAGCGACCGCCACCCACCGAACCGCUUCCCGCAGAAACCCCUCCCAAAGCGAAUGUAGAGGGCAUGGGCGUUGCCUCGCAAGCGGAGCUAGUGAAUGUGUCAGAGGAGAAGAGUGCGGUGGUGGAGCAGCCGGGCUUCGCGGUGUACCCUCCAUCCUGUGAAAAGCCGCAACUGCAGCGCGUUGCUCCAUUUGGUGAGGUCCAACUCCCCUGCGCCUUUGCUGCCCCCGUUUGCGUGCCGGUUACAGAGAGUCUCUCCACUCUGCCUCAGCAGUUGCCGCCCCCGUACGUGGUAUUUGGUGGGGCGCGAUAUGAGCAGGUGCCGUUGGCGAAAAAAACACGGCGCCACCUUGACUCUAGUGGAAGCUGUCAGCGUGCUACUGCACUGAAACGAGACAUGCUAGCAUAUAUGCGGGCACAACUAAAGCUUGCUGGAGAGUACUUGCAUUUAGGGGCACCGGAGGUGCCCCUCAACGCACCACAUGGACGGGAAUUAUCAAGAUCCACUACCGUUACGGCGGAGUUUGCUUUGUCGUCGGGGGAUGGUAGCUUUUCACAAAAUAACAUUUGGACUGUAGCCUACACAGGUACUGUGAAGGCACUGCAUACCUUCAUAGAAUCCCUUGAAGUGGACACCGUCAACGCUAAGGGUUUUGUGCUCUAUAAUCGGCGACAAUAUGGCAUUAAGAAGUGUGGUGAGAGAUUUCUUUUAGGUCUUGGCCGUAAAGCUACGCCGAUUCAAUUUGAUGCAGUCGCGGGACAUCUUGAUAAUGUCGUUCUUCUUCUUCACUGUGGUGCAAGGGAUGAUUCAGCUCCAAGAUUGAAGGAUAUUGUUGCUGCCGACGCUAUGGAAAUCAUCCAAGAAGUAACUGCAGGAUCCCGCGGUAGGCGAGCUGCCCUGGGCAGUAAAGCGAAGGCGGGUCACGAUGUCCCUGUGACGCGUGCCCCAGUGCCGUUGAGGGCCGAGGAAGUAGUUCCUCCAGUGGCUGAGGUGUGA